GGUUUGCGCUUAUCACGAAACAUUCCGAUGCUUGGCAACACUACAAAGAAAGCUGUGUAUUUAUUUCUUGUGUUGUGGUUUUGCACUUAACAAAGUGCGCUGCUGAUAAGAAAAUGAACGGCCUAAUUGUGUUUAAUAGUGCCAACGAUGUCGUCUAUCAGAACCUGAAUGCAACAUUAACCGACAAAAUCUGCAACAUUGCCAUUGCCCAAGGUUUGUUGCCAGCUACAAGUCGAACAGCAGCUGGAGCUGCCCUGGACAGUAAUGUAUUAUUGCAAAUCUUUAGUCCAAUCAUCAGCUCGCAGCGAAUAAUGCAUUGCCAGUUCGACAAUGCUUAUGCCAGCUUCCAGUGUGAGAAUGAUUUCAACUUGGUGUUUGGUGAGCUCUUGGGCUACAGCUUCCUUAAGAUCGGACAAAUUGAGAUCGAGCAGUUGACGCGGCAAUUGGGCGUGGCCAUGACACUGACACGCUACUGCUAUGGUGCCAAUUUAUUUGGUGCCCAGGCCGGACAUAUGCAGCAGGAGUUGCUGACCCAGUGCUUGAACUGCUAUGAGACACAGUUAUGUCAGGAAGAGCAAGCUUAUCUGCUGGAAGCGAUGCCCAAGCUGCUCGUCAAUCCGGAACUGAAAAGAACCGUGCACGUGACCCUAGACGCCACGUUGGAGCAGCUGCGUCAGACAGGUGGACAGCAGCGAACCCAUGCCAUGCUCUUGAUAUCCCACAAACUGCUGGCAUUGAACAGCACGCGCCUGGCGCUUCCCUUGGCUCCUGCUGAUUUGCUUUUUCUGGCUAUUCUGGCGCGUGCUCUGAAUUCGCAGCAAACACAACGUGCAGUGGCCGUAUUCCUGCAAGGCGUCUCCCACGAUCCGAACUCUGGUUGUGUGCCAACCAUAGUACAUUUCUCGCGUCUUCAUGGUCACCAGGUGCUGUUGCAGCUCAUUGAGUAUGGCCACAUGCCGCUAACCAGCAGCAUCUACGACACCUUCUUUGUGCUACAAAAGAUUGUUGCCGUGCAGCAGCAGGGCGAUGGUGAUGCACUGAAGCCCGCCUAUGAGAGUCUCGAAUCGUUUGUAAGUCAAACGUUGACGGCUCUUAAACGUUACCUGAAGCAGAAGCAUGAGGAGCUGGAAAUUUGUGUAAAGAAGUUCACAGCACGUUGGGAGAAUCUGCGCAAGAUGUAUGUGGAGUUCUUCAAAAGCUACGAGCGUGAGCUGCUCGUGCGUAUCGAGUCCAAUCUUCCGGCAUUCGUUGAGGAACUGAAGCAACUUUUCACUCUUUCGCUUGCCUGCUGCGACAGCGCCAGUAAUCAUCAAUUGGAUCAGUUGGCCGACUCGGCGGCUGUGGUGGAAGCCAAACUGCUCGAAUUGGCAGAAUUUCUGGCCGUGAAGGCGGCGCGUAACAUCUCAAUUGAUGCCUAUCUGGAGGACUUUCCCGGCCUGGUGCAUUUUAUGUAUGUGAAUCGCAGCACAGGUCAAAUGUUGGCGCCUGAACUUCGUCAGCUGAAUCCACCAUCGAAGCUAGUGCCUAAGUCAAAACUGUGGCAAAUGGUUGCGUUUACACGGGGCUAUCUAAAGAAGGGCCAGACCACUGUCAUGUGGAAGGAUCGCACAUUCCAUUACUCGUACUUUCUAUGGUUUGAGGACCUAUCGGGCAGUAACUUAAAAUGUCCACUCGACUUGCAACAGCAUUUCCUAGCCACUGGCUUCGGUGGCAAUGGCAAUGGCAAUGGACAGAAACCAACGGCUGAACCAGGCGCCUUGCCCAUGGAUUAUUAUAGUGACUUGGUGGAACUGUGCUUCCCCAAGUUGUCACCACAGAAGGUGCGCGUCUAUGAGCUCUACUGCAUCCACUUGGGACUCGUAACGGCAACGUGUGCUGUGGAGCAUUCACGUCGCUUGGUGGCCACCAUCAGUGAUUUGGUUGGCGAGGAGACAUUUUAAGUGACACAGAAUAUCGUAUUUUACGUAUUAGUUUAGGCUUAGUCAAAAUUCCAUGCCACACACGAUGCUAGUCAAGUUCUUUUGGAGUUAUUUACUUGUACUUUGGACAUUCAUUAUUUAUUAUUUAACAGCUGUAGGCUUAAGAAUAAAUUAACCAACAGACAAACUAAGAAACGCUUAUUGGGCUUGCACAUUUUGCAGUUCCUUCCAUUUCUGCUCGAAGAAGGAUUUGCGAGCUGUCAGCGGCAUUGUCU